AUGAUCUCCGACGAGCUUCUUGAGAAAUGUCUCCAGAUCCUGCAGGAUCAGGAACUGGAUGAGGAAGAGCAUGUCGAGAAAGUGGAGGACUUCUUGCGCACAAACACAACCCUGUCCGGGCCACCCUUGGAGAACGCAGUGUUGGACAUCCUCUGGCGCCAUCGCAACCGCAACAUACCAGAUGCAUCACCCCCUGUUCGUCAUACUGUAAUUCGCCGUUCAUCGCCUGCGCCAUGGCAGAUGGCCCGAUCCUCUACACCGCUAUCUCCUCAUCCCACUUUAGGAACAAGCGCCGGAAGUGCCUCCUGGAUGCAAAGCCCGCGCGGGGCAUUUGCACGACCUCCGCUUUCCUCAACUGUUUCUCCAUUUACUUCUCCUCGUCCAUCGCCUCGGCUUGCUCUUGCACAACCCAUUCCCCAUUCUCCAAAUUUAAACGCCUACGAGUUCUCGAGCCAAAGUCAGAUUUCUGACUACUAUGGAGAUCUCGGGGGUGAUAAUAAUGUCGACUGGCUGGUCGCAGAUGACGCCAAUAGUACCACCUCAUCUGCGGGUGGGGUCAGCACGCCCGGGGCACUCAGCGCCACUGCAGUUGAAUUUGUUCCUGAUAUGAGCCCACAUGACAUCCUGCGCACCGUGUUGGGCGACAAGCGAUCGAACGAUGAAAUAGAAGCAGCCCUCGAGGCUAACAGCUAUGACCUGGGUGCAACCAUCGCCUCUCUCUCGCAGGAUAUAGAGAGCGAGGCAAUUUCAAAGCAACAAGAUGAUGGCCGAGUCCUGGUUGGCAAGUCUAUGACCAUGGAGCAAGUUCGCCCAGUCACACCGCUGGGUAGCAGCCGCAGCCCGGUGGUUUGCAAGUACUGGCUCUCCACUGGACAGUGUCUUAGGGCGGACUGCCGCUUCAGUCAUGACCUAACAACUCAUGUGUGCAAAUACUGGGUGAUGGGCAACUGCCUGGCAGGUGAUGGUUGUCCAUUUUCGCAUGACCCUUCCGCGCUUAUCGGCAACCUUGGUGUUACAGAUGAAAGCCGGCCAGCUUCGCCGUCGAAUGGCUCCCUUUUCCAAGUAGAUAGCGGCUCCGAGGCAUUCCCGCCUCUUCAAGCUACAGAGAAUGGCGACCAAUGGGGAACCCAGUACAUGGGACGUUAUCCAGCACACCUUUCCGCUUACCAAGCGACCAAGUAUGCCCCUCCAGGCCUACUACCUGGAAUGGGUAAGAGAAAUGGAAGUGCGACUCACCUUGGUCGCCCCAAUUCUCGACCAACAAGUCGCCACCAAAACAGGGAGAUGAACCUUACAGCGCCAUCUGUAGACGACCCCGAUGCCUUCCCAACUCUUGCCGCAGUCAAUGCGAAGAAUGCCGGAAAGAAACACCACGGGAAGCGAGGAAGCCACAACAAUCGCGAAACAAGCUUGAGCAAGGAAAGCUUGCCCUCGUCUCUUGCUGAUGUCGUUCGGAUGACCCCAUCUCCAGUCCCUGGGAAAAGCAAGUCUGGGCCUAAAACCAAAGACACUAAGGGUCGCGAAAACAGUGCAGCAGCUCAGUCGAUUCAAGCCCCACAAAACAUUCCUUGGCUAGAAACAGGAACACGUGCCAAUCAACAAUACAUCAAAUACCGAACAGAGGCCAUUCGCCACGGAACUGUGCGAAACAAGUUCCUCCAAAGUGCUGCCCAAGCAUGGAACCGAAAUGAUGCACGAGCUGCCAAAGCUCUUUCAUUGCGGGGCCAGGCGGAAAAUGAUGCGAUGCGCAGGUGCCAUCGAGAGGCCGCGCGACAGCUUUACGAGGAACGCAACCAGCAUCUAUCACACAAGGGCCUGGAUGAAUCCUCCGAGGAACUAUACGUUGAUUUGCAUGGGCUCCAUCCUGAAGAGGCCAUCGAAUAUCUCGAGAAGAUCUUGCUUAAGCAUGCUCGAGAAGGUCUCCGAGUGGUCUAUGCAAUCACGGGCACUGGCCACCACUCGAAAAAUGGCAAAGAUAAAAUUGGAAAGGCCGUCAAAGCAUGGCUCAACGAAUGGCGGUACCUGUUCCGAGAAUUCAGCGUGCCUGGUGAACGAGGCGGUUAUGUCGGAGGUAUCCUCGGCAUCGAUCCCACCAGUUACGACAAAUCACUAGCCAAAGAAUUGGCUAGCGAAUCGAUGGAGGCAAACGCUGGCGAUCCUCCCGCCCUUGCAAUGGGUAAAGUUCAAUUACUCAAGCGUGAGGACAUAGAGACUUAA